GUGAGUUUCACAAUCAAGUGUGUAUUUUAUGGUAGCGAGGCAUUUUUUUUCUUCGAUCAAUAUUUCGCGCUUGCUAGUCUUGUCAAAUUUUUGCUUAAUUUUUCAAUCAAUUUCUUUUUGACCAUUACUUUUAUCAGAAUUAUCUCUCACUCAUACAACUAAUCAAUCAUGUCCGAUUCAGUUGAUAAUAAAAAUGUAACGGCCGAUGACAAUACCACUGUUGCUGCUGCUUCUGAAACGAAAGUUGAAGUUGAAUCUUCAUCAACCAAUGAACAAGUAGCAGCAGAUGUUUCGAAAAAUUCGGAAAUAAAAUCAGCAACAGAAAGCGAUACAAAAACUGAAAUUGAAGAAGAAAGAUCGACAACAACGACAAAAGGUGAAGAGAAAAUGGACGUUGAUGAAUCAAAAGAUGUCAUCUCUGCUGAAACCGCAAAAGAAACAUCUGUAACUGUUAAACAAGAAGAGGAAUCUAAUACCAAUAAUAAUAUACAACAGCAGCCAUCAUCUGAAAUGAAAAUCGUUGAUGCGAAAACUCAACAAAUUGGUGGUGGUGGUGGUGGUGAUUCGCAAACGAAUGUCAAAUCGAAUGACGAAAAAUCGACAACUGUCACAAAUAAUUCUACAAGUGAAUCGGCUGCAAAUAAUGAACAAAACAAUAAGAUUAGCAGCAACAAUAAAUCUGGUACCAGUGAUGCAACAGCAGCUGCUAAUAAAGAAAAUCAACAGCAACCAGCACCACCAUCAUCCGCCAAAAAGAAUAAAUGCGAUCUAAGCAAACUUCCUAUACGACAAUAUAUGGAUGCAACCGUUGUACCAUCAUUAUUGAGUGGCCUAUCAUUAUUGGCUAAAGAACGACCACCAAAACCAUUGGAAUUUUUGGCAAAAUUUUUAUUGCAAAAAUCUAAAGAACAGGAACAAGAACAGUGAAUAAGAAGCAAAUCAUUCGUUACCACCACUAUAUAUUUUAUUAUCCAUUCUUUUUCACCCACACACACACACACAUACAUUUGGCCAUAAACUACCUAACACAUACACAGUAUCAUCAUUUAAUUAAUACUGUUUUUAAAUUUUCA